AUGUGCCAUGGCCAAGCUCGCCCUUGGCCUCCCGAGAGAGCUACAGCCCGUGUCAGGUCAAUCGGAACUUCGGAGACUUGUCCAGAGAUGAGUGCGACAGAGUGGUCUCCUUGGGCGCCGAUUGAGGCAGGCUUACUGGACAAAGAUGAAUGGCGGGCUCAAUUGAUCACAAGCCAGCAAAAAACUUCCCUGGAAGAGCCGAUUCGGCCCCUUCUACUGAGGCGAUCAUUCUCAGUCCCCGAAACCAACCAUCCUAUCCAGAAAGCACGGCUCUAUGUUACUGCGCAGGGGGUGUAUCAUGUUUACCUGAAUGGUACUCGCGUUGGAGACCAUUUCAUGGCACCAGGCUUCACCUCCUACCGAUUUCGAUUCUCCUACCAGGUCUUCGACGUGACGGGCCUCCUCCGGAGUGGUCAAACAAAUAUCCUCGCAGCAGAGGUUGGCGAAGGAUGGUUUGCCUCGAGUCUAUGGAGAGAAGGCCGCCAGAUAUAUGGCAAGGAGAUUGGACUAAUCGCGCAGCUGGAGAUCAAUUUCGCAUCCGACCCCACGCCGCUUGUUGUGACUACCGACGCAGAAUGGGAAUGGAAUGUGGGCCCCAUGUUGACCAGUGAGAUAUACAAUGGCGAGACUUACGACAUGGCAGAAGAGCAGCCGGGGUGGAAGACUGGCGCCGAAGCCCGACCGGGCACACGAUGGAUGAAAGUCACCGUCUUGCCCCUUCCUGCUACCUCCUUCUCUACACCAGAAGGGCCUCCAGUCCGGGCGACCCAAGAGAUAUUCCCUCAGAAAAUAUUCAAGUCAUCCUCUGGAAAACUGCUCCUGGAUUUCGGUCAAAAUCUAGUGGGAACACUACGAGUCCGGGGGUUGAAAAAGGCGGCUGGCCAUCGCGUGGUAUUCCAACAUGCGGAGGUUCUGGAGCACAAUGAAAUUUGUAUGCGUCCACUUCGCGCCGCAAAAUGCACCGAUGUGAUCGUAUGUUCUGGUGAGGAAGUAGCGAGUUGGUCUCCCAGUUUUACGUUCCAUGGAUUUCGGUUCGUGCAGGUCGAUGGGUGGUCUCCCGAAGACGACAAAUGUCCGCUACGUGCGGGAAGUAUCUCGGCGAUUGUCUUUCAUAGUGACAUGAAACGAACAGGAUGGUUCUCCUGCUCCGACAAUCAGAUCAACCGACUGCAUGAAAAUUCAGUCUGGAGCAUGCGAGGAAAUUUCCUAUCGAUUCCUACGGACUGUCCCCAGCGCGAUGAACGGCUCGGCUGGACGGGCGAUAUUCAAGUCUUCAGCCCCUCGGCAAAUUUUCUCUACGAUACAAACGGUAUGCUCGCUGACUGGCUCGUAGACCUUGCACUGGAGCAAAAUGAAGACAACGGUGUUCCUCCUAUGAUAGUGCCCAACGUUCAAUUUGCGAAAGAGUCACGCCCGCCACAGGCUGUUUGGGGCGACGCUUCGAUCCUCGUCCCGUGGGCUCUGUAUAGAUGGUUUGGUGACAGAGACAUUCUUCAGCGACAAUAUCAUAGUAUGAAGUCCUGGUUGGACCAAGGCUGCUCUCGUGGAGAAGAUGGGUUGUGGACCACGUCACUAUGGCAACACGGGGACUGGUUGGAUCCAUCGGCUCCACCCGAGGAUCCUGGAAAUGGCCAAACCGACGGUGUCUAUGUAGCAGACGCCUACUUGGUAUAUGUGACAGGCAUCUUGAGCCAAAUAGCGAUGAUCCUUCAACAUACGGUGGACGCACAACGUUAUCGCGAGGCCCAUCUCCGCCUCAAGCGAGUUUUCCAGGAGAGAUAUAUCACUCCGAAAGGAAUGGUCAUGUGCGACACCCAAACCUCGUUAUCUCUAGCUUUGGUGUUCUCGCUAUUUGAAACGAAUGACCAGGUCAAAAAUGCCAGCGAGCGGUUAGCCCGAAAAGUACGCUUUGCCAAGUUCCGAGUGGCCACUGGAUUCGCCGGGACUCCAAUCGUGACACAUGCACUAAGCAAGACUGGCUGGCACCAACUUGCAUAUAGGAUGCUACUAGAAACUGAGUGUCCAUCAUGGCUCUAUCCAGUCACUAUGGGCGCAACCACGACCUGGGAAAGAUGGAAUAGCAUGCUCCCAGAUGGAACAAUUAAUCCCGGUCAGAUGACUAGUUUCAACCACUAUGCACUAGGGUCUGUCGUCAAUUGGCUUCAUGAGAAUGUCGGUGGAAUCAGUGUUCUUGAGCCGGGCUGGAAGGUCUUCAAGGUACAACCGGUUCCGGGUGGGACAAUUCGCAGUGCCGACAUCCGAUUUGAAAGCCCUUACGGGAUGAUCGAAUGUUCGUGGAUUGUGGGUGAUGAUUCAGUCUUCUCGAUGAACCUUUUGAUUCCGCCCAACUCGUCUGCCUUUGUUUUUAUGCCAGAAGAGGAGGCAAAUCCCGAGAAUCGCCAAGGGACUCUCUUGCACUCUGGAAAGUACGACUUAUCUUGCCUAUUUUACCCUAGUCCGUGGCCUCCAACUCCACUAGAAACCCUGUUCAAGCCGCCGGCCCGCAAAGCAACCAGGUAG